CCUAGGACUACAACAUAUCCAAAGGGCAUCAAGAUCGGCCAUUCUGGUAAACUUUAAUUGGGUUAGUUUUUAUAAUUUUGUAGACAAAAUGAUACUCACUUUUCACACUUGUUAAAAAUAAUUAAUAUUUUAAUUGACUAUCACGGCAUAAUUUAAAUACAGGUAAUACAUUAUGUAUUACUAGUAUUUAAAUUAUCUAUUUUUCUAUUAUUUAAAAAAUCUUGCUUUUUACGUUUUGGUUUACAAAAUUGAAUAUUUUAUCAAUCUUGUUUUAAAAUUAACGACUAAUAAUAAUAAUAAUUCAUAUUUAAUAAUUUCCGCUUGCAGAGUCAUCGAAAUAAUGGCAGCCAGGUUCAUCCGAACCCCGGAUGGUGUUUUUAAAGCUAAAUUUAACACGGAAGCUGAUUAUUGGUCGGUUGUCUUGCCCUACGUUGACCAUAAAAAGUACACCAUUGGCCACGUCGUGGGAGACGCAGGGGGAUUUCAUCUUUUUCAGGACCACGUGCACCCAGUUGGGCACGUGGAACUGGAAUUUUGGCCUGGAAAUCUUAUGCGAGGAUCAUGAGUAUUGGGUCAAAGCGUUAAAGGGAGACGAAAUUUUUAAAGACGGCGUAAAGCUGGAUGACGAAGUAAAAAAGCCGCUAAAUUUUGGCGACACAUUCACUAUGAUCAAGCGCCGCAACGAUAUUUCUGGUGGACUUGCCAUCUUUUCGUUUGAGAAACGCGAGUACCGUAACCUUUUAGAAUACUGUAGGAAAACUUGUGCCUCGGACAAUGCGAAAGAAUUAAAUUUCAUGUUGGAUCGAAAUCAACUGAUUUUCUCCAAAGUUCUGUCCCAUCUCUCCGUGCGAAGCUUGAAGAACGCUCGGCUAGUUUGUCGACACUGGGAUGAAGAAGUGACUCCAGUGCUGCAAAAGAAAUGCGCCAUAAAGUUUGUCGAUGAUUGGAAAACUUUCAAUCCUUCUCUGAAAUUUUCUCCAUACAUUGGUGAAAUGCGGAAUGUCUCGGGUUGGCCAAACUGGAAGAUAACCUUUCCUGACCUACCAGCCAAGGAGGAUGACCAGAAAAAUUUUGGGGCUAAGUUCGUCAUCGAUCUCAACUGGUUUCUCAAGCCGAGAAGGGGACAUCUCGUCAAGACUUUGUCCUUGCGGGGGGACAUCCUCUCCGAUCAAGAUUACGGGUUACGUCUCGAUACCGUUUCUAGAUUUGAAGACACCUUAGAAGAAUUGUGUGUCCACUUUGAGAUGAGACUUUGCAACUCUGACGGCACCGAAAAGGAAUUUUCAAGUCGGCCCGGCCUAUGUUUCAAAGUAUUGAAAAAGUUAUCUCUGGAAUUGAGUGAGAGUAUGUUUUCCUCUUCCCAAGCACGACCGGACACACUGACCGCGAGCUGGAUGAAAACUUGGGCCGACGCGGUAAAACACGUGACCUCCAUUUCUAUUAUUGGGGAGGAUAUUUUGGGGUCAAGAUUUGUCCAGGAGUUACAAACAACGGGAACUUCUCGGUAUAAAAAUUUGAGGGAAAUCACUCUAACUUGCAAACCAGAGGAUGGCAUCAAUUUUCUCGCCGAUUUGAACCAACCACUGAGCAAGAUGACGUUGACGAUACCUCUGAAAAACCGACAUCUUCCCGACUUUGAGGAUCUGCUAAAGAAAUUCGCCCCGUCCCUGGAAUUGCUGAGUUUUCGUGUCUCCAUGGAUAAACUGAAGAAAAAGUCGCGUUUCCUCAUGAAUAUGCCACGUUUUCCUAAAUUGAAAAGUUUAGAUAUUCACUUUGGAGAGGACGAUUUCUUAGAAGACGGAAAUUGGUAUUGUUUUAUCAAAAACGUGCCUCGAUUAAGCCUCGCAUUUCCUCCGUUGCCGGGUUCACGUGACGACGUUAUCGACUAUGGACGCCACCUUCCCGAGAUUCGCUCCAUCGUCGUGACACCAAACAUGGGUGAGGAUGAUGAGGAUGAUUUUUGGGACACGUACAGCGACCUUAUUGACAGUCUGCUUCCCAAUGAAGUAGGACAAAGUUGUAAAACUCUGCAAAAUUUUGUUAUUUUGAGGGAUGAUAUUGAACCUGAGACGCUAUAUCUUCAAGCUGCCCGGCUGCCGGAAAUAUUUCCCAAUGUCCGGAACGAAUGGAUGGUGAGUUUGAGGGGGAUGAUUGAUAAUUAGAGAAGUAAUUACUCAUUAAUCUGAAUUUAUAUUUAUUAAAUUUGUUAAUUAAUACAUAUCAUAUUAACCACUUAGUGAGUAAUGAAUGAAGUUUGCAAUGAAUGGGUUUGCAAUGAGUAAUUUAAUUUAGAUCCUUUAAAUUUCCUAAUUAAAUUCGCAGCAGUAAUUCAUUAUAUUAAUUUGUGGUUUUUGUUACCUCUCAUUUUCAUUAUUAGUGAGUAUGUAUUUCAGCUAUUUAACAGAAA